CGGACGUUAAGCGAAGUCGCCGACAUCAUCGACGACGUCAUGAUGCAUUCGAUUCCAGUGCACGACACGUCAGUUCCGGAUGAGGCUGAGAUGGAGGACCUUCAUUUGCACUCCCCCACAAGUGAGUCCAGCGUGAGCUUGAUCCCGCUCGAUGCCUCCACGGCGAGAAACAUCUACGGCAACGGGAAGAAGCUUGUGCCGUCACUGUCGGUGCCGCUGUGGAACAAAGACACGAGGUUCCUUGGCCUGUACGCGCUUCAAACACUGCUGACCAUCAUCGCCGUCGCCACCAUCGAGCAUCGAAGCAAGGUCAAGGCUGCUGCCGCCCUAGCCAACGAGACCACCAUCGCUGGAAGCGUGCGUCCCGACUACGACAUAGCGGAUCGAGGGGUGCCAUACAUCGGGUACAUGGUUCUUGUGGGCGCAUUGUACAGCUUGUCUUGGAUCUGCGUGUUCUUCUACCUACCCAAGGACAUUUACAUCCGUUUUUCCACGAUCUCGUCGUUUGUGGGUCUGGCGCCGCUCGCGCUCGUGCUCGUCUUGAGCGGGUCAUGGGGCGGUUUCUUCCUGGGUCUUGGCGUGGCGCUGAUUGCGUUUUCCGACUUUCUGUGGACUCGAAAGAACAAGCUUGGGUUCGAUUUCGUCGCCGCCGUCUUCGACCUGGUCGCCAAAGUGCUUCUGGACCUCCCGAGCGUCCUAUUGGCGGUCGUGGGCAUCCUCCUGCUCGGCACGACGUGGGCAUUCUGGUGUGGCCAGCUGCUCGCCGACGUCCGCGACGACGAGGGCUGGUCGUUCAACCUCCUGUGGCUAUUUUUCCACUUUUACUGGACGUCGCAUCUCGUGCACACGCUUAUUUCGCUGCUCGUGUCUGGAACUGUCAUGUACUGGUACCACCACUGGGACAACUCGAACGACGCGCCUCACUUGUUCGUCGACCCUCCGUCAUCUCCCCGGUCCCUCGAGUCCAAAGUGUCGUCGGUGGAUCUGGACGACGACAUCGCGCGUCGUCGUGGCUCGAAAACCAAAGCCGUGCGUGCCCAUGUGGUCGUGCUACACUACACCCGCAUGUCCAUGAGCUACGCGCUGGGAUCGGCGUGCCUUGCGGCCAUCUUCUGCCCCAUCGCGCACCUGCUGUGGAACAUCCUGCGCAUGGCCAACAGGGACGACUCGUACCGGUGGCUUCGCGUCGUCGUGCGCCCCGUCGCUCCGUCCAUCGAAGCGUUCAUCCAGCUCUACCACAAGUACUCGCUCGUGUUUGUGGCUGGGUUCGGCCAGUCCUUCGCCACGUCCGCGGCAGACGCAUGGAAGCUCAUGCACGACCGCGGCAUCGAAGCCAUCGUCGACGACGACCUCACGAGUCGCCUGCUGCUGUUCGUCGCCAACGGAUGCGCGGGGACCAUGGGCACGCUGUGUAACAUCGUGUUACUGGGGUCGCAUUUGCGCGUGUACGGCACGAUUGUGAGCUUCCUUGUGGGGUACUUUGUGUGCCAAGCCGCCACGACCAUGAUGAACAUCACAGUCAAGACCCUCUUCAUAUGUUUUGCAGUCCACCCCGCCCGGCUGAGUCGGCUCAACCCUAUCAUUUACCAUCGGUUCAUGCGGUUGUCCGAGCUCAAGUCGUUUGGUGAGCGUCAUCGGUAGGACGUCAAGAUUGGACGCAUGUAUGUAUGUAUGCAGAAAUGAAAGAAUGGAAACACCCCCACCAUCGAUAUACAAACCAAGGUGGAUGGGUAAAGUGUAGUUGAUCCAUGAGGGUUCGUAGUAACGUUAUCAUUCGAUGGCAACGACGAGUAUUAU